UCAGCUCCACAUUAUAACUUUUCCAUUUGGCCAACCCGCCGCGUGUGUGUGUGUCGCUUUUGUAUUCUUCAUUUUCCCGACUGAUUAAUAAUCGCGUCGUAACUGUGCUCGACUUAAAGGAACAAAUCUAAAUAUCAUGAAGGUCUUAGUGCGCCAGAUAACAGCUCUGGCGUUGUGUUUCGGAGUGGUGCACUGCGAACCACCGCUGAACAAUCAGUACGGUCCACCGGGUAAUUUUCUAGGUGGAGGGGGUGGAAACAACAAUAACCAUCACGGUGGUUCUGCUCACGGUGGUGGCAGCGGCGGUGGAGGCGGUAUAAUCAACAGCUAUGGAGCUCCGCUCGGCGAGGCUCCGAACGCUCACAAUCCCGAUCAAGAUUACAUCGACAGUCAGCCAAAAUCGUACGAGUUUGGUUACGCGGUAAAGGACACGGCGACGGGAAACGAUUUUGGUAGAAGCGAAACGAGCGAUGGCGAGACUGUACGAGGAGAGUAUCGAGUACAACUUCCGGAUGGAAGGACUCAGAUAGUUACGUACACGGCCGAUUGGAGAACGGGAUUUCACGCAGACGUUAGAUACGAGGGAGAGGCGACCUUCCCAGAUCAAUACAACAACAAUAAUAAUAACAAUAACAACAACAAUAAUGGUGGUUACAACAGUAAUGGGAAUAACAAUUAUUAUAACAACAACAACAAUAAUAAUAAUAACAAUAAUAAUGGUUACAACAAUAACAACAAUUUUGGAUACAACGGCAACAAUGGCGGCUACAAUAAUAACCAGGGAUUCAAUGGCAAUUAUGAUCGAGGUAACCCAGGAGGCUACAAUUACAACGGUAAUUACAACAGUGGUGGCAACAAUUAUCAGUACAGCGGUUCGAAUUCAAUCGACAAUUACAACGGCGGUGGUUACACCGGAAGUUCAGGAGGGUCUUUCGGCACGAGUGGACCGAGCUCGAGCUACGGUACACCGAACUUUCACUAGAGUCUCUCGUUCGGCGACGAGUCUCGAGGGAACAGGACCGAGGGAUUUCGAGAGAAAGUCCGAGGGAAUAAAAUCGGGCUUUUUGGGGGAGGGGGUUGGGACGCAGACUCUCGAGAAAGCUCGUGGGUCACCACUAGUAGAGCCAUCACGCGCAGAAGGAAAAGACCACACAUUGAGAAAAUGGAGAGAGAGGGAAAGAGAGAAAAAAAUAAAAACUCGGUCUCGUCUCUGCCCAUGUGUGCGAGUACGUUUUCCCAUGUAUGGAUAUCUCUCAGUGCACGGUGUGGCUGCUUCAGAAAGAGUGAAAAAUGAGGAGACGACGACCGGGAAAAGAGUAAAAGCAUGUGGUCUCUCGAGCUUGCGAAAAAGAUGGAAUCAGAAAAAAGAAGAGCAGAGAACGAGAGAGAGAGCGAGAUGGCGAUGAUGUAGCAGGGAUAUUAUAUAACGUGCUCGACGAACGAUGAUCGACGAGCACAUUUUAUAUGAAAAAGAGACAAUCGAGAGUGCUCUUUUGGCAUGACUAUAUACAUACUUAAAUACAUAAAAUACACGUCCACAUAUACGUGAGUGUAUGUAUGAAUACAUAUGACAGCAACGAGGGCCACAAAUACAUAUAUUUUUAUAUACAUAUACGCUCGUAUAUACAAAUAUAUAGCGAGGAAGUGCGAGUUUUUUUUCACAGAGAUUCUCUCAAAGAUGAAUGGGUCUAGUAAACCAUACUCGUGUGUACAGAUUUUUAUACUCUUUUGCAAGCCUAUAUUAUGUUUCAAUAAAAAAAGAUAUCUGGAAAAAGAAUAGAGUUUAGAUUCCGAGAUGU